AUGUUGCGUCCUUACUUACUGCUAGUUGUUCUACAAAUGGCAUCAGGCUUUAUUGUUCUACCGUACAUUCAAAUCGACUAUGCGCACUACUUUCGGUUGGCGCAGUGCCAAGCAAAGUGCACGGAAAAGUAUGGUGUGGUGACCACUCGACAUCUUUUGGAUGGAUCAACCGAAGAGUUUCUGGACACUCGUAACCCCGACUGUGAAGCGUGCGAAAACGGAUGCCAUCAGCAUCGCAGACUCCGAGGACGUGGUAAGGGUGGACCUACUAGUUCCCCACUUCACAAUGGACUACGAUUCUGGGCUGAAAGCAGUGCCGACAGUGGUUUGUUAUCUUAUCUACAGAGUGCACAGUGUAUCCUCAUGGGGUACUCUGGGCGCUUUGACACAAUGAAGAAUCCUCUUAGAGCGGCCUUUUUAGCGAAAGCCGGUACGACUGUCAUGUCCUCGGUGCAGAUACUUUGCCAGAAUUCUAUAGUGGAUGAGGAAUAUGGCGAGACUGUUGAAGCCUUUCUCAGCAUUUCACUCCUGAGACCAACUGGACCCACAAGAUAUGUUGUCCAGUGGAGGACAACGAAUGCCCAAGACGUGGGAAACAGGGAUGAGACUCAGUGGAUUACAGCUUCGAUUGAACCCAGCAACUUCAUUAAAGUGAAGGGACUUGUACCAGGAGUGCAUUUACCGCUUUUAUGGUCGACUGGCCGUAGGACCGACGUGCGCCGACUUGGCGAGACACUUACUAGCUCUUGGACAGAGGUUCCAACAAACGUUGUAUUGAAAGCCCCAGCUGCACCGCUCACCCUGAAAAAUGGUUAUAACACCGAUAGAGGGGUUAUAGCCCAUCUGGAAUGGCCACGAAGCCCACAGGACUCAUGCUACUACAAGCUUCAACUUAGCAACAGUUCAACACAAUCAGUGCGGACAUAUGUACUGCUGCCGUCUCCGCUUGAUAAACUUCAUUACAAGGCAAAAGCUGUCACUGCUAACUUCAAAUCACUUCCAUGCAGGGAAAUCCAUGGUCGAGGAAGUCUUCAAUGCCCUCCGGAGCCGGUGUCCGAUUUGUCCAUUGUCGUUCGACCUAAUGGAACAGGCGUAAUCAGCUGGACUCCCUCAGCUGAUCCACAAAACAUUCUCUUCUACCAGAUUGUCUACCACGCCCUCUCGCGGGAAUACGGUUGCAGGCUUAGGAAGGAGACCGUCAAUGUUAAGGCGAACGUGAAUGUCGCUGAGGUGACCUUUCCUGGUCAAAAAUGUGAGUACGUGGUCCGGGUAAUCAACUACGAUCUUAUCGGAAGAGAUGCGUCUGUGGAUGCACGUGUUCUCAUCGAACCUGCACCUCCUGUUCGUUUCGAAUUCGAACUUCGACCCGAAUAUGUUACCAUUGCUGCUUGUCUCGUAUUCCUUCCGUUUGGCCUUCUUCUCUUAUUCUUCCGUCGUCGCCAAUUCCCUAAUCGAGUAUCGGAAAAACAACAAAAACUCACCGAAUACGUCUGA